AAUCUAAAAUCAUGUAAUAUCAUAUGCAUAGACAAACACAUCAUUAAAAAAAAACACAUCAUUAAACCACUCACUAGAUAGCGGAUAAAUACAUCUCUUAACAAAAAGAGUCUACUCCAAAAAAUCAUCAUGCCAAAAAAUUACUCAAAAAAACCCAUAAAUUAGUGGAAGCUUGUAUAACGAACAACGGCCGGCAAGAGUGAAAGGUUCAUGCGGCGAUAAUCACACGACAUCCCCUUUUCUGCAGCAUUAAUUUCAUUUCAAUUUUCAUUGUAAAACCGUGAAAGGGUCUUCGCUUUUACACAAUCCUUUGCUUCAAACCCAGACUCUGUAACGUUUUUAGGAUCUCCAUUGAGUUCCAGAAUGGAUUCAAAAUCUAAUGACUCGAAAGCUCAACCUCCUGCUCAAGAUUCUGGUGUUGAAAAUUCUACUGCUGCUGCUGCCUCUGGUCAAGAUAAUAGUAAUCAAUAUGCCAAAGCGGUAUCUGGGGUUUUUCAAUCAUUUACAAAAGGUUUGGUUAAUACAUCUCAGAGUGCAGUGAAGGCUGUGCAGGUCAAGGCUCGCCAUCUAGUCUCUCAAAACAAACGAAGAUACCAGGAGGGAGGUUUUGAUUUGGAUCUGACAUAUAUUACUGAAAAUAUAAUUGCUAUGGGUUUCCCGGCUGGAGAUAUAAGCUCUGGAAUUUUUGGAUAUGUUGAGGGCUUUUAUCGAAAUCAUAUGGAAGAAGUUAUCAACUUUUUGGAAACUCAACACAAGGGAAAAUAUAAAGUGUACAAUCUUUGUUCAGAGAGGUUGUAUGAUGCAUCACGAUUUGAGGGGAAGGCUGCAAGUUUCCCAUUUGAUGAUCAUAAUUGCCCCCCAGUCGAACUCAUAGCAUCAUUCUGUCGAAGUGCUCAUUCGUGGUUAAAGGAGGGCAUUGAAAAUGUUGUUGUUGUUCAUUGUAAAGCUGGUAUGGGGAGGACAGGAUUAAUGAUUUGUAGUCUUCUCUUAUUUCUUAAGUUUUUCCAGACGGCCGAGGAGGCCAUUAAUUACUAUAACCAUAAAAGAUGUAUAGAUGGAAAGGCUCUGGUUCUCCCAAGUCAGAUUAGAUACGUCAAAUAUUUUGAGCAUAUCUUAAAAAACUUCAAUGGAGAAAACCCUUCCCCUCGAAGGUGCAUGCUCAGGGGAUUUCGGCUUCACAACUGCCCUUAUUGGAUUAGGCCCUCCAUUACAAUCUCUGAUCAUAAUGGAAUUUUAUUUUCAUCAAGAAAACAUCCAAAAACAAAAGAUCUAAUGCCAGAGGAUUUCUGGAUCAAUGCACGGAAGAAAGGGAUUGUAGUUUUUGCUCUACCAGGGGAGCCUGGUCUGGCUGAGUUAGUGGGGGAUUUCAAAAUCCAUUUCCAUGAUAGUCAAGGAGAUUUCUAUUGCUGGUUAAAUACAAUAACAGAUAACAGAAAAAUCUUAACCGCAGAUGACCUCGAUGGUUUUGACAAGAGAAAAUUACCUUCUCCAGGAUUUCAGGUUGAAGUUGUGAUGAUAGACUAUGAUGGUACAUUACCUACAAAAGCUAAAGCGGAUUCUUCCAGUAGAAAACCUGAGGGUAGCACAAGUGAUGCCUCUGCUUCAAGUCAUGGUGUUGCAGCUAAUCCCAAUCAAAAUAAAACUCCUCAGCGUGAAGAUGGUGAUGAUGUAUUUUCAGAUAGUGACAGAGAGGAGGCUGGGGAUACAAAGCGCACACAAGCUCAAGGUAAUUCUAGCACCGGACUUCCAGCACCUAAUCAUGUAUCUAACACCAGAAGUGAGGAUACCCCGAAGAGUAGUUCUUUGAAAAAACCAACUAGUGAUGGAGCUGAAAAAUCUCACCUGGUACAUCACUCCCGCAAACUGAGCUCAUCUGGGGCAGAGGAUAUUAGGGCAAUAGCUGCCGAUGCUUCAGUUUUCUCUUUCGGGGAUGAUGAUUUUGAUAGUGAAUGAAGCAGGUUUGCUGUUGCUUGAAACUGUAUAAGACACACCAAUGUAUAAAACAUUCCAUACGCAUGAUUUCAUUGAUUUUGGAAGGAUCAUAGGAAUCAGAUGUUGGUUGAUUGACUUCAUUGUUUUCACCAUAGGAAUCAAAUGUUAAGUUGGAAUGAUUGGUCAUUUGUUAUUA